GGCAAGAAGCGGCGGCGGCGGCGGCGACGGCUCUGGGAUCUCCGACCCGAGCACCUAUCGACAGGAUCCUGCUGCUGCGUGAGGGGAUUGGCACCAUCUGUGAGCCAGAUCACGACUGCUGCGGAGCCAACUCCAACUCUUCAACUGCAGUGUCCAAGGGAACAACGAACCUGUCCCGCCCUCUGCUUCCACUUGCAUCCCCGCAUCACUUGCAUCGCCGGGACCCCUUCAACCUCGUUCUUCUUACCUAACAGCACCAUCCCUUGACUAAUAGAAAAACACCAAGCGGCUAGUUAGACUAGUCCACGCCCGCCAAAGAACAAAAAAAGUCCGGUCUUUCGGCACGCCUGUCCACGCCUGUUUUUCGUGAGCUCGUGGGACCACACGCUUGGACACCUGUCUCACCUGUCGAUCCAGGGUUACCCCAACUUGGCGAGGGGCGAUCCCAGAACGGCUCUUUAUAACCUCGCCGGGAUCCAAGAGCUUCCAGACACCGACAUCCCACCACAAGCGAAAAUCCAACUGAUCCACCAACAAACCAUCCUUCCCUGUUCGUGGCUCUGUAGCUCCAACCUUUUUGAUCUUUGACUGUCCGACUUUUCGUCUCUUGUUGCUCGAGAGUUUCCAUCCAACCCUAACGUCCUCCUCCGCUUGUACCCCCGAACAUUCAUCCCGGCCCGCCAACGUCUGUGACAUCGUCCCUUCUCCCCCCCUCAAGGAGCCAAAAAAAAUCACCGAACAAAGGACGUCAAACAAGGUCACCCACCGCUUGCUGUCAAUUAUCGAUUGUUCCGCCGUCGCACACCUGACCUCAUAGCAUCUUUGCCAUUGGGCUCGGCCAAGCCCCCUCCGACCUUUCGUCCUCCUUCCUCAAUCAACAUGGUCAUCUUGCAUCACCUCAACACAUUCGCGGCCAUGGAUGAAAUCCAAGCGCCAACCCCUCCUAUCACUCCUCCUGCCGACCAGGAGUGCCUCUCCCCAGCUCUGCCUUCUCCUAACGAGUGCACCAACAACAACAAGACCAUGGGUGAGGCUCAAAACCGCCAGCCUUCUCCCGACAGGGCGUCGCGCUCUUCCUUCUCCUCCAUCCGCGAGAACGAAAACACCCUUACCCAGACCUUCACUCACUCCAAGGUCUCCCACUUCGACGUCGACGAAGAGGUUGUUGACGAUCGCACCCCCGAGGUCACUCCCGGCCCCUCGACCCUAAACAAGGUCGACACCUUCAGCAUGAUCCAGACCCAGUUCCGCCCCCCAGUGACCCAACCCAACAGCAGGCUUCGUGGCUAUGUUGCCCCCGCCGACGGCUUCCAAGGCUGGAAGGGAAUCCAGGUUAGAGGCAAGCUUGCUAGCAGGAGCUUUGGAGACCUGACCAUUUUGAAUAACGUUUGGGGCAGUCCGCCAAAGGAUCCCAGAAGUGUCAAAAUCAGGCCGGGUGAGGCUCCCAUCGAGAGGCUUCCUGCUGAAAUUUUGACCGCCAUCAUCGGCCUCCUCUUCCUCGAUGUUCCCCCGAACGGCGUAACCCGGCGCAAUAUCGAUCUGAUGUCGCUGUUGCUGACGUCCAAGACACUCCACCUUGCUACCUUGAGCACGCUGUACAGCCAGAUCACCAUCCCCCACUCGAGAAUCUUCCACAAGUUCCUGACCCAUAUCGCCGAGCACCAAACGCUGGGCACAAUCGUCCGACGACUUGACUUCUGCCACUUCAACCCUUCACAGCUCUUCUCCACGGCUGCCGAACGAUCCCAGGCUCGCAAUUUGACUUCCGAGACCUUGCUCCGAUGCCUCGAGUUGACCCCGAAUCUUCAGGAGUUCUUGGUCCAGGAGCACAUUGACCAGGAUUUGAGUGUGGAUGUGUUGAGAAAGCUGUUUUUGGGUCUUGAGCGCAUGGAGGCUUUGGACUUUUGCGGAUGUACUUCUACCUUUUUUAAGGAUUCCUUCACGUCGAUAGUGACGGCGGAUUGGCCCGCGCAGUUGACGAUUCGCCGCCUUUCGCUGCACAAGUGCUUGACAUUGCCUUCAACUGUCUUUGAGGCUAUUCUUCCCCGACUAACCCGGUUGACGCACCUUGACGUCGCCGGCACUCGCAUCACUGAUGCUGCCCUCAUGUCGAUCCCCUACACGGCCAGGAUCACUCACCUGAAUAUCGCCAAGUGCAAAUUGCUCUCGGCGCGCGGCGUGAUUGAUUUCCUCGCUAACCACCCUGCUGCCCAGGGCCUCGUAUACCUGAGCUUGGCUACUGAUGCUAGAAGCCACCAGCUCUUUGAUGUCCAAGACAUUUCUGAGCUAAUUCCCAUCCUUCCCACGACCCUCAAGUCCCUCAGUUUGAAGGGAAGCAAGAUGGAUCCUUCGCACAUUGACUUGCUUCGGCCCUUGACCAAGCAUCUCGAGGAACUGGCUAUUGGCCGAUCCCUUCUUCUGGAGGAUGUUAACCGUCUUUUUGUGCCGGACGAGACAGACGAUAUUGAGAAGCAGCUCGAAUGGGUUCCUCACACGCUCAAGUUCCUCGAUCUCUCGGAUUUGUGGGGUAACGAGCUGGACCUGGUAUAUCUGUUCAACAGCCGCUGUGCCAUCAUGAAGCCCUUCUCGGCCCCUCUCGAAGUGGUUGAGUUGGCAGAAGAUGUUUUCCGUCGUGUGGUGAAGUCGUCUGCCACCUUGCAGCGCAUGGGCUGGCGCACCUCGGAGGUGGGAAGCCGCGGAUGGAUGGUGCGACAGAAGUCUCAGGACCCCUCUGUGCCACACGACGACGGCAGCCGUGGUUGGAAGAUGGGCGCCGAAGCUUGGGGAAUGAGAAAGAUCCCCGUCGCAAGAGCUGAGGUCGGCGGUAUGUACGGGAGCUUCAUGUUUGGGCGCAAGCUCUAAGCAGCUCCUUUUGGAUCCGCGAUCGAUCUGUUCCUCGUCACAACUGUUUUUCCGACUCUCAACUCACUUUUUUUUUUUAUAUUCAUUCUUAUGUAUUCCCUAUGUUUGCAUGGCAUUGCAUGGUAUGACCGGCAUGACAAGCGAGAUAUCCUUCGGUUUUUUUGCGUCAACGAACGGAGUUUGGAGUCUUAUUUUCUUAUUCUUCGUUUUAUUUUAGUUUUUCGCAUGUCGAGAGCGAGGUCGUUGAGAGUUCCAAUAUCCAUUUCCCCAACAAAGGAUUCAUCGGUAUUUGAGGGUUUCCCGGCUCUUCGCGUCAUUGUCAUUGCAUGGAGUUUUUGGGAGGCAUUGGCUUUCUGUUGCCUUGAUCAAAAGAAGGGUUAUCCAAGAUUUUGCUUUGCAUCGAUGGACAUCAAAUUAACCAAAAGCAGGAGUUUCCAAGGAUAAGGAAUUGACUGUUUGGUCAUGAAGAGAUGAACAGGAGGCGAGAGACAGACAGAUUUUGUGAUGACUGCCUUUCGAAGUUGCAUGUAUUGUGUACUUAUUGAUAGCUUCUGGUGGGGGAACCCAGGGGAUUCGAGGGGAGGGAGAUUUGUGCUACAUUUAUACACAUAUCUACUCGGCUACCUGAACUAAGCAAAGUCUGUACAUAUUACAA